ACAUUUUAUCUUCGCCGAAGAAGAAACCGAACGAAAACAAUUACAAACCGCAAGUGUCUGUUCCUUUUCCUGCACGUUUUCAGCACAUUUUUCUGCAUUAUCGCUUAGUUUCGACAAAAAGGACACCAUGCCCGUUAUUUGUGCGGCAAUCGGGUGCAACAAUAAGUUUGUCAAAGGCUCGGAAAUAAGAUUUUACAGGUUCCCACUCAGCAAGCCUCAACUUGCCAGCAAAUGGGUGCACAGCCUGGGGAUGAAAAACUUCAUCCCAACUGCCAACACCUGCCUCUGCUCAGAGCAUUUCAGGACCGACUGCUUCAGGGACUACAAUGGCAAACAGUUUCUGAGGGAGGAUGCAGUGCCCACCAUAUUUACCCAUUCACAGGAUUCAUCAAAGAUUGAACUUCGUAAAAGAGGUGUGAUACCGAAGGAGACAAACGUCGUGAAUCAAAUGGGAACACAAGCAGACAGAGAAAGAGCAAAAAGAGGAGGAAUGAGGGGUGGACGAGGAGGCCGUGGAGGAAAACAACUGUCUGACAGACAGACAGUUGGAGCCAAGAGCAGAGUGUACGACAGCAAAGGCCGACUGCUCUCCAACAGCGAGGACAUGUGUGACUGUCUGGAUGUGGAUUGUAUGGGCUGCUUCUACCCCUGCCCUGACUGCGGCUCACGCAAGUGUGGAGUCGAGUGCCGCUGCGACAGGAAGUGGCUCUAUGAGCAGGUGGAGGUGGAGGGUGGAGAGAUCAUCCGGAACAAGUUUGCUGUUUAGUUGAAAGCUUUAAAUGCUCAAUUAUGUUAUCAGGGGGACUUCUGGGAAUCAAAACUUGCUCUCUCCCUGAAGUCAGCUGCAAGUCAGGCUGAUAGACCAUUCAAGACUGUGAUGCUUUUUUAAAACAAAUCUUCCACAAUAACUGAUAUUUAUCAGGUUUUGCAAAGAUACUGCCCGUGGUAGAAACCUAUGCAGAACAAUGUAAGUAUUCUGCUGACUGUUCAUUUUGUUGCUCUUAAAAAAUGUUGUCCCCCCCCCCGCCGCUGUGUUCUCCAGUAAACGCUUCUUAUAUGCCAUUCUGUGUUAAUAAACUUAUUUUCUUGAUGUUUAA